GCAAAAGAAAAAAGAAGACGGCAGUUCCGUACUUCCGUUGGAUUCUCUUGCCUCGGCUGCUCCUCUCCCUCCCCCUGCUUGGCUUCGCUCGCCUUCUCAGCCACGCCGCCGGUCAGCCACGCCGCCGCUUCCCUCGGUGGGCACCCCCCUCCCCCAUCUGGAACCCACUCCCGCCAACGGGUAUCUCCAUUCCCCCCUGCCUACCUUCGAACCGACGUGCUCGGAUUGGCUGACCCGCCGCGGGCGCUCCCUCCGUCGAUCAAAUUGACCGCCGCGGCGCGCCCGUCCCCAUCUCCGCCAAUCUCCGGCAGAUCUGGUGCAGCGGUGAGAGUUGUCUCGCUGAGUCACCAUGCCUCUCUGCAUUUGCAAAGGAAAGGUUUCAUUAUGAUUAAUAAAUUGUGUAUUAAUGUAGUGGAGGAGCCAGGCCAUCUAGUGACAAGUAAGUAGCAUUAUCGGCGAAGAAAACAUCCACAGCUGAGUUGCCAAAGAAAGGCGGAUAAAUAUGUCUCAAGGAACUUCUCCGCUGCCAAAAGAUAAACCUACCGCAGAACCUGGAAAGGCUAUUGGCAUCAAACGGCUGCAGACUGAUACUCCCUCAGGUCUUGCAUAUCAUAAUGUUUAUGUACGAAGGAAAGUAGAAUCUGAGCAUAGUAAAGUGAACCCUUCUCAGGAGUUGAAAGGUAAUGGAAGAGACAAAUCAAAAGAUCUGGAGGCAUGCCAAGAUGUUCAACAUGAGGAGGCCAACAAGCCUCAAGUGGCAUCUCCUUUUGCUGAAUCUGUAGAACUAGUAUCUUCCAAAUCUUCUCAAGAACCAAAUGCGGAAACUGUGGCGGAGAAAACUGAGCCACCAGUUGCUUCUAGCACUGGCAUUCAAGAGGAGGUGAAACGGUCAAGCAUAGAAUACUGGAAUGAGAGAUUUAAUCGGUUACAGACAUAUUUGGAGAACUGUGAUCAUUCAACCCAGGAGGGUUAUUUGCGAAAGCUUAGGUCCCUUUCGGCUGCUGGGAGAAACAUGCAUGCAAUUGAGCUGGAGAAAAGGGCAAUACAUCUCCUAAUGGAGGAAGGGAAAGAGCUCCAGCGAAUGAAGGCUUUGAAUGUUCUUGGGAAGGUUUCCCCAAAUGCUUCGUCGAAGCUGACACCUUCGCAGCGGUAGUCUCUACAAUGAGAUGACUGUAUAACAUCAAGAGGGCUGUAAUACUCAAAUACAUUGCAGAAAAGACAUGUUGUUCCUGUGUAACACCUUUCCUUUUAUUUCCUUUGAUGCCCUGCCCUUUUGAUGUAAGAUUGUUGUAAUGCUAUGUAACCAGCCGUACAUAUAAACCUGCCAUUCUUAGUCCUAAACCUGACUAUUAUUUGUUUGUUCCUUUGUCAUGUGAUUGUGAUUUAUGU